AUGUCAGAUAAUAGUAAUAAUGAUGAUGGUGGUGGUGAAGGUGACAAUGAUACAACUACAACUACUACAACUACAACUUUGAAUGACGAAACACAACAACCAAGGAAGAAAAGAAUAGUAAAAAAGAAAGAGAUAGUUGGAAUUCAAUUAGAAAAGGAAUAUAUAAAAGAGGAAUUGAGAAAGUUUAAAGUUGACCAAUUAAAAGAGUUGUUGGACAAGAGAAAGAUAUUUCAUACACAAUCUAUUCAAAAGGAAGCUAUUAUAAACCUCAUCUUGGAGAAACAACAACAAAAGGCUAGAUACCAAGAAUUUAUCAUGGGGACGGUCAACUAUGCACUACCAGUCUAUCUAAUCAUCAAGAUAUUUCGAUUGGUUUGGGACGAGUUAUUAGACAAGAGUCUGUCGAUAGACACUUCACUUCAAGUGCCACCAAUCUACUCGAUGAAAAAACGGUAUAGGAUGGCAUUGUACUUGGCAUCGGUCAACAAACAACUAUUCAAUGUAGUAUCGUUGUUUUCAUACGUGUCAAUGUCAUUGACAUCGGGUCAACUCACACAUAUAGCAACUGCAGCUUGGUGUGUUGUUAAAAGACCCGACAAAUUAGAAAUGGGACAUCGCGCAAUUGACAAUGUAUUCUUUUCAGAUACUCUUGACCAUUCAGUCAUUGACUCGGUGUCUCGUGUGACCAAGAUCAAAAUAACCUAUGGUAAUGGUGGAGGUAUCAUUCGUAAACGAUCAUUUGAACAAAUGAGUGCUACCAUGUGCAGUUUGGUUUCGUUUGUCGCUACCUCGAUCAAAUUAGAGGUCAAACAUUUUGAAGUGUUGGCUAGAAUACCUACGUUGGUUAAAGUUGAUUUCAUAGACAUGUACAACACUGAAUUCAAAAAUGCUAUCACCAGUCCCAUGUUUUCAUGUUAUAUUGCUUGUUUUUCAAUCACAAAUAAUCAUUACCAACAACCUCAACAACAACAACAACAACAACAAGUUGCAACUACAGAAUUACCAACCAAUCCCCCUCCUCUUCCUCCCCUUCCUCCUGCUUCAAAAUUUAAAUAUUUAAAAGAGCAAUGGAAUUGUACAUUUGAAUGUAAAAAGGUUUGGUUUAUUAAUGAUCCAUAA